CGCGGAGGAUGCGGCGGGGAGCGGGCGCUUUUGUGUUAGCCCGGAGCGUCUGCGCGGGGAGGCAGCGUGUGGAGGAAUCCAGCGAUAACCCCGGGGCGCGGGAAGGGGCCGGGCGGCCGGGCGCGGGUCCUGCCGUCCGGCGGAGCGCCCCGAACUACCGGAGGGGGUGCUGGCGGCGUGGCCGCCCAAUCCGCACGAGGCCGGCCCCCGUGAUUGGCAGUGGCGGGCGGAGGGGGGGCGAGCCCGGCUCGCUUACUCUGCUUUCCCCGGAGAGUUUCCCAGCGAGGGCGGCUGGGGCUGCGUCUCCCUUCGGCGCUGCCGGCAUUUCCCCCCUCGGGGCUGCUGCCGAGCGUUGAGCCGGGGGAGGCGGCGGCAGCAGCAGCAGAAGAGAGCGAGGGAAGCAACCACUUGAAUCAGUUUCUCUCUGUAUCCGGCUCCGGGCAGAGGCGGCGACCAUAGCGGGGAGGAGGGGAGAGGGGGAAAAAGCGGCUACCGCAGCGGCAGCGGCGGCAGCAUGGGGGCUCCCCGUGCCACCUUGCCGCCGAGGUGCUGAAGGACUGGUGCUCGCCGAGACGCCACUGAGAGGUUUGUCCUCCCUUCGGGAGCUACGCGGCCUCAGCUGCCAAAUGUGCGGAGGGGAGAGACUUUUGCUGAAAAUCCCCCGAUCGUAAAUACACAGAAAGCGGAAGAAGAGCCACCGCCGAGAGGCUGGAGGAGGAGGGGAGGGGGACAGCAAUAUUGUUUCUGCUGUAGUCAGGGAGGCUGAUGGCGGAGUUUGGCAGCGGCGGCGGCACCGGCGGCGGGGGGCUCCCUGCCUCCCCGGGGCCGGUCCAGGGGAAGGUGGCAUUCAAGGCAGGAGACGGGGAAGGAGGAGGCGGAGGUGGCGGCGGGAGAUCCAGCUGUGACAGUGCAGGCAGCCGGGUCUCCAACGGGGACUGUGCCUUGGCGGGAGCCGGCGAGGAGCCGGGAUCAGCUCCUCCGGCAAGCCCGGAGAGCAGCGGCAAGGAGAAAGGAUUUUCCACCAGUCAACAACGAGAAGGCAAACCCGGCAUCCCCCGGAGGAGCAGCAUAAUUAAGGAUGGUACGAAACAAAAGCGAGAACGGAAAAAGACUGUGUCAUUCAGCAGUAUGCCAACUGAGAAAAAGAUCAGCAGUGCAAGUGACUGUAUAAAUGCGAUGGUCGAAGGCUCUGAGCUCAAAAAGAUUCGAUCCAACUCCAGGGUGUAUCACCGAUACUUUCUUCUAGACGCAGAUAUGCAGUCUCUACGCUGGGAACCUUCAAAAAAGGAUUCUGAAAAAGCAAAGAUUGAUAUUAAAUCAAUCAAAGAAGUAAGAACGGGAAAAAAUACAGAUAUUUUUCGCAGCAAUGGAAUAUAUGACCAGAUAUCAGAAGACUGUGCAUUUUCAAUUAUAUAUGGAGAAAACUAUGAGUCACUAGAUCUUGUUGCUAACUCAGCAGACGUUGCAAAUAUUUGGGUUACUGGCUUAAGAUACCUGAUUUCUUAUGGAAAGCAUACUCUAGAUAUGAUAGAAAGUACUCAAGAUAAUAUGCGGACUUCAUGGCUUUCACAAAUGUUCAGUGAAUCAGAUGUAGAUAAUUUGGGACAUAUACCCCUGUGUAAUGCUGUACAGUUUAUAAAAGACUUAAAUCCUGGUUUAAAAACUAAUAAAAUUGAACUAAAAUUCAAGGAGUUACAUAGAUCCAAGGAAAAAACUGGUACUGAAGUAACAAAAGAGGAGUUUAUUGAAGUUUUUCAUGAGCUUUGUACCAGACCUGAAAUCUAUUUCUUAUUAGUUCAGUUUUCAAGCAAUAAAGAAUUUCUUGAUACCAAGGACCUCAUGAUGUUUUUAGAAGCAGAACAGGGUAUGGCACACGUCACGGAAGAAAUAAGCCUUGAAAUUAUUCAGAAAUACGAGCCAGCCAAAGAAGGCCAGGAAAAGGGUUGUCUUUCUAUAGAUGGGUUUACGAAUUACCUUACGUCACCAGACUGCCACAUAUUCGAUCCAGAACAUAAAAAAGUUUGUCAAGAUAUGAAACAACCUUUAUCUCAUUAUUUUAUAAAUUCAUCCCAUAAUACGUAUUUGAUAGAGGAUCAGUUUCGAGGGCCUUCUGACAUCACAGGUUACAUUCGUGCUCUUAAAAUGGGUUGUCGUAGUGUUGAACUGGAUGUAUGGGAUGGUCCAGAUAAUGAGCCUGUGAUUUACACAGGACAUACAAUGACAUCGCAGAUUGUCUUCCGUAGCGUGAUUGACAUUAUUAACAAGUAUGCAUUUUUUGCUUCAGAAUACCCUCUUAUUUUGUGUUUAGAAAAUCAUUGUUCUAUUAAGCAGCAGAAAGUGAUGGUACAACACAUGAAGAAAAUUUUGGGGGACAAACUACAUACACAGUCUCCAAACAUUGAAGAGACUUAUCUUCCAUCACCGGAAUCACUGAAAGGGAAAAUACUAAUUAAAGCAAAGAAGCUUUCCUCUAAUUGUUCUGGACUAGAGGGAGAUGUUACAGAUGAAGAUGAAGGAGCAGAAAUGUCACAGAGAGUGGGGAAAGAGGGGGUAGAACAACAAAACUCGAUGACGGGGAAACGAUUUCAGCUCUGCAAAGAACUUUCUGAGUUGGUAAGCAUUUGUAAGUCAGUUCAGUUCAAAGAGUUUCAAGUUUCAUUUCAGCUCCAGAAGUACUGGGAAGUGUGCUCAUUUAACGAAGUGCUUGCUAGCAAAUAUGCCAAUGAAAACCCAGGAGACUUUGUAAAUUAUAACAAACGUUUUCUUGCCAGAGUUUUUCCCAGUCCAAUGAGGAUUGACUCUAGUAAUAUGAAUCCCCAGGACUUUUGGAAGUGUGGUUGUCAGAUCGUAGCAAUGAACUUUCAAACACCGGGCUUAAUGAUGGAUCUUAACAUUGGUUGGUUUCGACAAAAUGGGAACUGUGGCUAUGUCCUUCGUCCUGCUAUCAUGAGAGAGGAAGUGUCCUUCUUCAGCGCGAAUACGAAAGACACCGUGCCUGGAGUUUCACCUCAGCUGCUUCAUAUUAAAAUCAUUAGUGGGCAAAACUUUCCUAAACCCAAAGGAUCAGGUGCCAAAGGUGAUGUUGUGGAUCCUUAUGUCUAUGUUGAAAUACAUGGAAUCCCUGCUGACUGUGCAGAGCAAAGGACGAAAACUAUGCAUCAGAAUGGGGAUAACCCAAUUUUUGAUGAAAGUUUUGAAUUUCAAAUAAAUUUACCAGAACUAGCUAUGGUGCGUUUUGUAGUGCUGGAUGAUGAUUACAUUGGGGAUGAGUUUAUCGGGCAAUACACUAUUCCCUUUGAGUGUCUACAGACUGGUUAUCGGCACGUUCCUCUGCAGUCUUUAACUGGUGAAGUUUUAGCACAUGCUUCCCUCUUUGUGCAUGUGGCCAUUACUAAUCGCAGGGGUGGUGGGAAACCUCAUAAGCGGGGCCUCUCUGUAAGGAAGGGCAAGAAAUCGCGGGAAUAUGCUUCUAUGAGAACAUUGUGGAUUAAAACAAUAGAUGAAGUGUUCAAGAAUGCUCUCCAGCCCAUUCGAGAUGCCACAGAUUUGAGAGAAAAUAUGCAGAAUGCAGUAGUUUCAUUCAAAGAAUUAUGUGGCCUCUCUCCUGUAGCAAAUCUUAUGCAGUGCAUUUUGGCAGUGUCUACGCGCUUGGUUGGGCCGGAUAAUACACCCUUGGUAGUACUGAAUCUCAAUGAUCAGUAUCCGACUAUGGAGCUCCAAGGGAUUGUUCCAGAGGUCUUGAAAAAGAUUGUAACAGCAUAUGACAUGAUGAUACAGACCAUCAGGACUCUAGUUGAAAGUACAGAUAGUUUAUAUGAGAAGAUAGUACAGUGUCAGAAAGCAGCAAUGGAGUUUCAUGAAAACCUGCACAAUAUAGGAGCAAGAGAAGGCUUAAAAGAAAGAAAACUGCAAAAAUCAGUAGAAAGUUUUACGUGGAACAUUACAAUUUUAAAGGGACAAGCUGAUCUGCUCAAAUAUGCUAAAAAUGAAGCACUGGAGAAUCUGAAACAAAUCCAUUAUGCCACUCUUACGUGUGGACUCAAUAAGCCAGGCACUGAAAAUGCAGAAAUCUCAAAGCCCCGUCGAAGUCUGGAAGUGAUACCUGAAAAAGCAGGUGAUGAAAAUGGAGAAUGAGAGAAUGCUCUUCUCGUAAUUAUGGAGUUUAUAACUCUGUGACCAAUUGUAGCUGCAUAGGACUUUUGCUUUGCACUUACUGUUGGAAAAUAUUUGGAAUUUUUAAAGCACAACUGGAGAAGCUAAUUGCAAUCUGUUGAAACUGUGAAUGUAUGUAGCAACUCUGCUUGUGAAGGCAAUGAUAUUGUGUAACAUGGAAAUUACAUUAUUGGCCAAAAUAUAGUAUAUAUGUAAAAGAUACUGUAAUUCAGUAAUAGUGUGCUGAAAAGUUCAUUAUAGUGCCAUAGGGAAAUGGACGUUUGUUGAGUGAGCUGUAACUAGAGGGGAAGUCAGCUGACAGAAUUUAACAAGAUGCCUUGAUUUUCAAACAAAUUGGAUGCACAGGUUCUUUAUUUCUUUGCACAAUUUGUUAAUUGUGCUGGUGAGGGGAAUUAUUCUUUUGAAAAUCAGGUCCAGAAAAGUAGAAUCCAUGUGUUCCACACUAUAUGUAAUUCAGCCGCUCAGAUAUUUGGGUUUGAAGUGGUAUUGAUUUUAUUGUUGAGCCAUAAAUUAAAAUGAGAAUGUAAUUAGACAGUGAUCACUGACUUCAGUGCACUAUAGGAGAGCCAUUAUGUAAAAGGAACGUGCAAUCAAUCUGAUAGCCUAUGUCAGAAGAAGAUACAUACCUAUUUUGCCUAAGAUCUUCUGCAAAUGUGUGUAGAUAAUGUGACCAAACUGCAAGCAAAAUGUUGUAAAUAGUUUUUCAUUUUGUGAAGUGAAGUGCUCAUAUUAAAGAGUUUUAUGAGAUUGCUCCCAGACAGUAAAGCUUUUAACUAAAUUUUAACUUUUUUAUUUUUCAAGUAUUUUCUUCCUUACCGAAUAGAUGAUAUCUCAAUAAGCAGGUUUGUCAAAAGAAAAAAUUGUUGUUCUGGUUCUGUUUUGGUUUUCUGACAACAUUAGGUAAAGGUAUUGUAGCUGAUAUGCUCAUUGUAAAAUGACUAUACCAACCUAGAGUGUUCUCUUACUGUUUCUGAUUUAACAAUAAAAUGGACUAUAUCAUUACAGAAGCUAAUAAAUUUGAAGAAAAACAAGCAAA